UCACUUCCUGUAAAAUAAUGCUCAACCGAAACGGCUACAUGUGAAACACAGACAAAACCUCCGGCACUAUUUCAGAAGAAUGAGAAAAGGGUUGACUUCUCAAUCGCCUCGUGAAGACCUUUCCCCGCUGAAUGAAAUGGCAUUGUAGGCCAGAGACACUGUAACAGCCAGCCGGGCUGCCAUGGACGCCCUGACUGUCAGUGGGAUCCAGCUCUCUCCAGUGAGACACUUUGAACGGAUGGUGGACAUCAGGGCAGAGAAACGGGAACACCUGCGAGGACGCAACAACGUGACGUCAUGUCGCAGCCCCACUCGAGAAGUGGACACCAGACGGAUCAAGAAUGAACUGAAGGAAAAAAGGCAACGUGAAUUUCUGAGGAGGAGAUCAGUGAGCCCCGAGGCGUGUGCUUCGAAUACUACAAACUAUUAUUCUGGGCAAAAACGUUCACCAAAUACAUUUUCCAUGAAACAAUACAGUUCAAUCAGCAAGUCGGAGACAUUGCACACAAAUGUCCAGUAUACUCCAACCGCUGAUGGGAAGCGCACUAUGUUUUUAACACCAAACAGCAGCGUUUCUGGAGGCCAAAGCACCAGCAACUGGGCUUCAUUAUGGACAGAACAGGUAACUCUGCUGAGGCAGGAGAAAGGCCAAGCAAGGAAACAAGCAUCUAACUCCACGCCAGCAGCAAAGGAAUCGAACCAGCUCCGGGCGGCGAGCGCGGACAGAAGAGAGAAUAGUGUUAAUGCUCAAAAGACAAACCUCAAAGCAUUCAUCCGAGCAGAAAAGAUUCUCCAGAAGAAUAUACAGCGAGAGACCAGCGUGCAGACAGAGUCAGGUCUUGUCAUGGUCAGAGAGUCUGAUCUUCAGAAGCUAACUGACUACUUGCAGGAGGCCCUGUGGAGAGAGGAGGUGAUGAAGAAGAAGCUUUCCGCCCUCCAAGAAGCCACGUCCAGCCUGGUGAACUCCUCCAGCACAAUAUGGAGGGCUCGCUGCUCUGAAGACUUGCUGAGAAGCAAGAUCCAGGCUCUGGAAGCGCAGCUGCAAGUCUGCCUGCAGAAGCUUCCCAAAGAUGGAGUGAAAAAACUGGGGAUACAGCUGGAGAGGCAGAAACUGGUGUAUGAGGAGAAGGCCCUGAUCGCCCUGCAGAAGGUCAUACAGGAAAAAACUGAUGCGCUCAUCAAGGCUGAGACAAUGCAGGAAGCGCUGAUUACAGCGAAAGCAGAGGCAGUGAAGUGGCAGAGCCUUUAUGAAGAGCUGCAGCUGAGCUAUGGAAAGCUUAUGGAGAACCAAUACCUCAGUAUUGAACAGCUGCAGCAGCUGCACAGCCAAGUCGAGCGGAUUAGAACCAGGGAGGCCGAGCUGGAGGAGGAGGUGGUGUCAUUGCAACGAGAGAAGAAGGAGCUCCAGUACAACAUCUGUCUGCUGAAGGAAGACUAUGAGAUUUUAACAGAGGAAAUCCAGCACCAGAAAGACGACGGCAAUGAGAGUCAGGGCUUUGUGGUGCAUGCGCUUCCGACGUCAGAGGAAGAAGAGCCUCGCAUGAGGAGAGACUCUCAGGUGGAGGAGCAGCUCCGCCACACUCAGGACAAACUCCUACUCAAAGAGAAAGAGUGCGAGGAGCUGCAGACAGAGCUGCACACCAUGGAGCAGGAAUGCCGGUCCAGCCAGGCCCGGCUGUCGCAGUGCAGGGACGAGCUCCGGCAACUCAGCCACCGCAGCAGGAGACCGACACGAUGUGGCUCCUGGUGGAAAGUGUGCGUGACCUUCCUCCUUCUCCUUGCUGUGGCGGGCGUUGCCAUUUUGUGGCUGUGGCAUCCUCCUUUCAGGGAGCAAGUGGAAGACCUGUACUCAGACAUGGAAACACGUAUUGAAAACUAUCUCAUGGACAUGGCGUCUCCUCAACACUCAGGCUGUUUUAGACCAAUAUGAUAAUAUCAGGAGAAAUGUUUUUUUGUUUUUGUUGCUUUAAAUUAAAAAACUUGGAUGUAGGAUGUAGUUGUGUUAUAAUUCUUUAUUUCAGACGUUUGUGAAAAUGUUGUGUUGACAAGGGGAGGAUAUUUGCAGGAGGUUCAGUGUGAAAAAUAAAAAAAUGUCUUUUUAAUGUUACAACAAUAAAAACAUGCUAAAGCAAACGUCACUAGCUGGCGGAGGUUGGUAAGAUUUUGUGUCAAUAAUAUCAACUCACACAAAUAAGAGCACAGGAAGUAUCCUUUGUACUGUACUGUAGGUCAGCAGCACUGCGUUGCCUUUAAGGCGUUACACGCACCACCUUGAAUCAUUAAAAAGCCAUGAAACCCUUUACACAAAGACAAAACGGAGGGUAUUUUAGCUGAUGCUCUUAAAAGAAAGGAGAGUAAGCAUGCAAUAAAGUGCCAGUCGAGCUUUACAUGUUCUGGAAUAAAGUAAUAUUGUUAUUAUAAUGAA